AUGGCGCUGAACUUGGAUGCCUUCGUCUCUAGUUUUUGUAAGAUGCUGUUAACCUCUGCAAAGGAAGAGGUGGUCAAGAUCCUGGGUGUGCCCAACGAAAUCAAGAAGCUCCACAAAUGGCUGGAGAUGAUACAAGACGUUCUCGCUGAUGCAGAGAAUAGAUGCCUCGAGGACAACCAGCCCAUCAAUCGUUGGUUGAAUGAGCUACGAGAUCUCAUGUACGAUGCAGACGACAUUAUCGACGAAUGCCGGAUUGAGGGCGAGAAGCUUCUCAGCCCAAACUCAUCCAUAUCUCGUCGUGCUGAGUCGGUACGUUGUUGCUAUCCUCCUAUUGCUUGCUUGCAUAAAGUCAGAUUCCGUCAUGAGAUUGGCAAAAGAAUUAAAGAUCUCAACCGUGAGCUUGAACAACUUGCCAAGCGCAAAGAUAAUCUCCAUCUUAUACCUGCUCCUCGUGAUGACCGCUACAAGAGUAGAAUAAGCCGCAAGACAUCUCCUAUUGUUGAACCUAAUCUCGUGGGAGAGAAAAUUAAGGAUGAUACAAGAAGGUUGGCGGAUUUGCUGAUAAAGAAAGAUGACGAAAAAAUCCAAGUCUUUGCCAUUGUUGGUAUGGGGGGAAUAGGCAAAACUACUCUUGCUCAGAAGAUUUAUAAUGAUGAGAAGCUUCGGAACAACUUCAACCAAAUGCCACAAAUUUGGUUGUGCGUGUCCCAAGAUUUCUCCGAGUCCAAUUUACUGAGAUCUAUCAUAAAGCAAGCUGGAGGUGAUCCUGGAGAAGCUAAGGAGAAGGAGGUACUUGAACCCAUGCUUAGCCAAGUCAUCACAAACAAGAAGUUCUUCUUAAUCCUUGAUGAUGUUUGGGAUGCUCAAGUAUGGGAUGAGCUACUGAGAAAGCCCUUGCAAAGUGGUUUGGCAAAUAGUAGAAUUUUGAUAACAAGUAGACAUGAAGCCAUUGCGAGACAGAUGAGAGCAGUAUACAUCCAUAAGGUGGAGCAGUUGUCUCAAAAGGAUGGUUGGUCAUUAAUAUGCAGGAUGGUAUUUAAGGAAUGUGAGGAAGGAGACAUGCAUGUGUUAAGUGGUGUCGGAAUGAGAAUUGUAGAGAAAUGUGAUGGCCUUCCGCUUGCUCUUCGGACUGUUGGUGGGGUUCUUCGAACAAAGGAGAAAAGGCAUUCAGAAUGGGAAAAAGUCCUCUCUAGCCCAGCAUGGUCUUUACAAAACUUCCAAAAGAGGAGAUGGGCCCAUUGUACUUGA